UACGAUGCACGAUUUGGUUUUGCUUCCUCUAUAUAAACACACACCGUUGCAAAGGCUCCGUCUUUCUUCCUUGCCUGUGACUCAAGAAAAGAACUGAGUUCUAUUUUACUUCUCGUAAUGAAAUAAAGUUCCUUACUGCCCAUUAGAGACAAAGAGUUGUAAGAAGUAAGAAUGGAACGCCUACAGAGAAUCUUCUCUGGUGCUGGAAGUAUGGCACACCCGCCUCCAGAUUCACCUCUCCUCGACUCUUCUGAACAGGUCUACAUCUCCUCCCUUGCUCUUCUCAAGAUGCUCAAACAUGGAAGAGCUGGAGUUCCCAUGGAAGUUAUGGGCCUGAUGCUUGGUGAGUUUGUGGAUGAAUAUACCGUGCGAGUUGUGGAUGUGUUUGCAAUGCCCCAAAGUGGAACUGGAGUGAGUGUCGAAGCUGUUGAUCAUGUUUUUCAGACAAAUAUGCUAGAUAUGCUCAAGCAGACUGGAAGACCUGAGAUGGUUGUGGGCUGGUACCAUUCACAUCCAGGCUUUGGUUGUUGGCUUUCUGGGGUGGACAUAAAUACCCAACAGAGUUUUGAGGCCUUGAACCAAAGGGCAGUUGCAGUGGUCGUAGACCCAAUCCAAAGUGUCAAAGGUAAGGUUGUUAUUGAUGCUUUUCGCUUGAUCAAUCCUCAGACCAUGAUGCUUGGCCAAGAGCCACGACAAACCACUUCGAACCUUGGGCACCUCAACAAGCCAUCCAUUCAGGCCUUGAUCCAUGGGCUCAACAGGCACUACUACUCUAUAGCCAUCAAUUACAGAAAGAAUGAACUAGAAGAGAAGAUGUUACUUAACCUCCAUAAGAAGAAGUGGACUGAUGGUUUGACACUGCAACGGUUUGAUGUCCAUUCAAAAACUAAUGAGCAGACUGUGCAGGAGAUGCUGAACUUGGCUAUUAAGUAUAACAAAGCAGUUCAGGAAGAGGAUGAAUUGCCCCCAGAAAAGCUCGCCAUUGCCAAUGUUGGAAGGCAAGACGCCAAGAAGCAUUUGGAGGAGCAUGUUUCGAACUUGAUGUCUUCAAACAUAAUUCAGACUCUGGGAACAAUGCUUGACACAGUGGUUUUCUAGAGAGAGAAUACUUGACGCAGUGGUUUUCUAGAGGGUGUGUCCCUUACCUUUUCCCAAACUCUCUGAUAGUUACCCUGCAAGGGAAGAUUUAUGAUUUCCCUCUUGGGAUGUAUCAUGAAUCUACGACUUGCAGCUCUGUGACAACAGGCUACACUCUUAAGCCAUUUUUCACAUUAUUCUUUGCGUCUGCACUGUUUCAUUUGAUAUUUCUUGCUAAUGUCACAACUGGGGUUUCAGAGAAAGAAUUGCUUUAUGCGGCACAAAACCAGACCGCAAAAAAAUUUCAAAUUCUACAAGCCACGUUACUGGAA